UCUCUCUCUCUCUCUCUCUCUGCAAUCUCCAAUAUAUAGUCCUUAAGUUUUCCCAUUCAAUCGUUCCGUUUUCAAGAGAAAAGAAGGACAUAAGACGAACCCUCUAUCGGAGCAGAAGCAGCGUAGUUGGCAAGCCGUGCUUUGACCCAAAAAGGAAGCUUCUUGGCCGGUGUGUGAAAAGUGAGGAUCGGGCUGUCAAACACGGUUGGCAGCCCGAUUUUCUUAAAUAGAUUCCACACCCAGGUGUGAUUUUUGUUUGUCUGGGUCUUCACCUAUCCGAUUGAGUUAGCAGUAUUGUAGCUUAUGAUGUUACAAAAGGUUUCGUUGGUAUUGGUAUGAGAGAUUUUGAGUUGCGUUACCAAUAUGGGCUCCUUAUCGGGAAUCCUUCAACGACCUCUAGUUGCGGCUGCUGCGGUCACUGUAGCAUCUGUUUCUGCUGAUCUUUCUGAUAAACUGCCAUUACACAAAUCCUCAGAUACUUGUGCUACCUCGGAUUUAGCGAAUUCAUUGGCCUACAAUUCCCUGCAAGGAUCGAAGCCAUCAUGGGUUUCUCAUAUCUCAGUUUCUAGGCUAGCCAACUUGUCAUUUGGGACUAGAAUUCGAGUGCCUGUUCCUAACAUUAACUUCCCGGUUCCUGAUUCAGGCCGCAAUUUUUUACCCAGUUUGUUCUCUUCUUCUGUUGCGUCUUCUCCGCUUCUUCUUAAUUUGUAUCAGUCCGCAGACUUGGCCAAAGCUCCAAAGCCAACUGCACAUGGGCCGAGGAUAUCUAACUCGCCUUCUGAGGUUAUGUAUAGAUGGCAUUUACCCGAGCCAAAUGCCAUAGAUGUAUCAGGUGUUUCUGAUUGUUCCUCUGCAAAGUCUAGAACGGUGGUGGUUUUGCUUGGAUGGUUGGGAGCAAAGCAGAAACAUCUUAAUAGAUAUGCAGAAUGGUAUACUUCGAGGGGGUUUCAUGCCAUUACCUUUACUUUUCCAAUGGCUGAGAUUCUUAGUUACCAGUUUGGUGGGAACGCUGAAGAGUAUAUAGACUUGCUUGUGAACCACUUGGCUGGUUGGUUAGAAGAGGAGCAUGGAAAGAACCUGGUGUUUCAUACCUUCAGCAACACUGGAUGGUUAACGUAUGGGGUUAUUUUGGAGAAGUUGAAGAAACAGGAUCCUUCUUUGAUGGGAAGGAUUAGGGGUUGCAUUGUAGAUUCUGCACCAGUUGCAGCACCUGAUCCACAGGUCUGGGCUUCAGGUUUCUCUGCAGCUUUUCUGAAAAAGCGUAGUGUUGCAACAAAGGGAGCUAUUAGUCCCAAGGAAUCUGGCAUGGAGGUAUUGGUUGGCAAUAAUCAAGCUGCGGAACCUAAACCUGCAGUGACUGAAGCAGCAUUACUUUUACUUCUGGAGAAGUUCUUUGAGGUGGUCUUGAAUCUCCCUGCAAUUAACAGGAGGCUUUCUGAUGUAUUGAGCCUGUUAUCAUCUGGACAACCAAGCUGUCCACAAUUAUACAUUUAUAGCUCUGCAGACAGAGUUAUUCCUUCAGGUUCCGUGGAAUCAUUCAUAGAGAAGCAGCAGAAAGCAGGGCAUGAGGUCCGGGCCUGCAACUUUGUGUCCACACCUCAUGUUGAUCAUUUUAGAAAUGAUCCAAAACUGUAUAGUCUGCAGCUGACCCAGUUUUUAGAGGACUGCGUGCUUACUUGUUGCAAACGUUCGCUAUAGUCAAGCUCAUGAGUCGCUAACCGACUCUUUCUUACUCCAUUUAUAUAUAUACAGCUCAUAACUGAUUCAUUGAUCUAGAGGUUGUGGAAUGCAAUCAAAAAGAGUUUUAGCUAUCUAUUCAUAUUACUUUGUUCUUUACAUGUAAAAAAACAAAUACAUGAACAGGUUAUACCUCAUUCAAUACAGGCCAGGGUUUCUUUGAUACUAAGAAGCUAUAUCUUUAUUGAAUAAUUCUUGGCCGGCAACUCAACAUUUUCUAUUUAAUUUUACUGGUACAAGUCUCUGUGAUGUUGGUGCAUCUUCGGCUUCAAGAAGAGUUGGUAUGGAGCCUCCCUCGAGUUUGUGAUUUUCUUCUGAAGUUUGGUUAUCCAGGAAGCAGAAGGAGAUUGAUUUAUAUAUUUGUGGCAUGCAUCCGCUGGUCAAUUAAGAAAGCAAGAAAUGAAGAAGUUUGUGCUAAGAUUGACCAUGGAUUGUAGCUAGAGUAAUGCCCUCAAAUUUGAAAAUACUCAGCAGACUUUUUCCCCUGUAUUCUUCUCAACGUUCAAAUAGGAAAUAAGACAUUUUUUCCAUUUGGAGAUGUCGAGGAAUGCCAUGUUUAAUCAUUUAUUUUUCUCAGCAA